AUGGCACCAUCUAGACCUACAACUCCAAUAGGAGACAGAAGAAGAAGUGGGAGAUACCUGAGAAGAUCCUCGGGCAUAGCUUUACCAUCCCAAUCACCAAGACAUUUCCCCAUAGAUCCAGAUAAUUUACCAACAGAUUCCACAGACAUCUUGACAAAAUUCACCAAGAUAGCAGAUUCAAUGGAUGAUUUAUGUGUCAAUAUGAAAGAUUUAAAUCAUAUACAUAAUGCAAUAUCAGGACAAUUUAAUGAAUCAUUUGCUAGCUUUUUAUAUGGAUUAUCAUUAACUAUGUGGUGUGUUUCAUUACCUAAAUGUCCAUCAAAAAGAGCAUGGCAAAGAUUACAAUUACGUAAAAGAAAGAAAGAAAAAAUUGAAGAAUUGAAAUUGAAAUUAGCUCAAGCUGAAAAAUUAAAUUUAGAGUUGAAGAAUAAACUAGCUGAGGAAACUAAAUCAUUUACAAGACCAAGAUCUCAACAAAAUAAUACUAUUCAAUUAAACAGCACCAAGAGAAUAAAAUUUAAUAAUGAAAAUGAAAAUCAUGGAGGUAUAAGAAAACAACAACAGAUACCGUCAAGAAUCCCACAACCUAUUCAAUCAAAUCAAAUCCCAUCACAACCACUGGGUAAAAGAACUCCAAAUCUAAAUCAACCUCCAAGAUAUAUGAGAGGAUUAUUUAAUGAAAAUUCAAAUCUGUCACCACUGAAUAUACCUAGAUCUGCCAAACCUAGUACAGUAAGUCAAAGACCUCGAUUUAGAUAA